AUGAGGCCGGGCGGGGCGGGGCGGGGCGGGGUCCGGGCGGCGGCGGGGUCCCGGGCGCGCCGGCGGGGUCCGCAGUCCGAGGCGGGCGGCCCGCGGCAGCACGAGCCGGCGGAGGCUCCCCGGCCGCCCGCGCGCCGCAGCCGAGACCCGCGACUGGACGCGACGGGCCGCCGCCGGCCCGCACCGCCCGGCCGCCGCGAUGUGCGACUGUUUCCACAUGGUGCUGCCCACCUGGCCCGGAGCCCCCGGCAGCGGUGCGCCUCCUCCCCGCCUGCAGCCCGCGCCCCUCGGGAGGGAACGCCGUGCGUGGCCCUGGCGGCCUCCCCAGCUGAUUCACUAUCAGCCGGCCCUGGGCCUGCCCACGCUGACUCCGAGCUGGAGCCUGGGGUGCCCGUGGCUUUGAGCUACAACAGCCUGGGUAGUGGGUAUCGGCUGGCACGUGCGGACGGCCUGGGUCUCAGCAUCUGCGGUGUGGCGGGUCAGCAGACACCCGGCAGCCAGCCUGGCACCUGCCUGCCCUCCCCACCAGGCUGUGUGGGGCCCUUGGGGGCUGAGACAACUGCUCCCGGCUGCUUGUGUCCCGGUGCGGGGCCUGCUGCCCUCAGCGGUCCCCAGAGCCCCCGGCCCGAAGCUGCCUCGCUGAUCCUGGCCGGGGUGCAGCUGUCCACCACCACCUCCCCGGGGCUGGGCCUGACCCCUCACUACCCUGGAGCCCCAGGAGGCCAGGGCGGGCCGUGUGGCGAGGGCUGUGGAGGGGAGGGACCCGGAGGGCGGCGGACGGAGCUCAGCUGGGAUCUUCACUUCUGGGCAAGUUGGGAGGACGUCGACCUCGUGUCCGGCCGGCAGCUGCAGCCGGAGGAGCAGGAGGCCGAAACAGAAGACGACCCCUCGGUGACUGAAGGGCCCGUGGACGAGAUCAUUCGGCCACGGCCACAGGGGUCCUCCCCUGUGUAUGAAUACGCGGCUGAGGGUACCAGCUUUGGACUCCCGGAGGACACACCAAGGCGGCGGGCUUCCUCAGGCUCUGGGGGACUGAGGUCCUGGUGGAAGCGAGAUUCAGGGGACUCACGGACAUUCUCCAGAAUGAGUCAACCACAGUCUGUGCAGGAGGCGACGGAGGUGACGCUGAUGACCGAGGCGGAAGCAGGAGCCAGCGGCUACAGCGUCACAGGGGGCGGGCACCAGGGCAUUUUUGUGAAGCAGGUGCUGAAGGACUCGCCAGCGGCCAAGCUCUUCAGCCUGAGAGAAGGGGACCAGCUGCUCAGUGCCACCGUGUUCUUCGACAACAUUAAGUAUGAAGAUGCUCUCAAAAUCCUGCAGUACUCAGAGCCCUACAGGGUUCAGUUCCAAGUCAGACGGAAACGUCCCGCCCCAGAUGACGAGGACGUGGCUGCUGGGGGCACUCAGCCUGGCCCAAAGGACAGGGAGAAGCAGGACAAAGAUGUGGCUGACGGCUCCACAGAGACCCCCCCUCAGACCCUGGAAGGAAGCGGAGACCAGGAGAGACUGCUCGCCAAGCCCAGGGAGGGCAGAGGCAGGCGAGCCCAGAAGGAGAGGCUGUCCUGGCCCAAGUUCCAAUCCAUAACAAGCAAGCGCAGGCCGGGACCGCGGAGGUCCCACAGCUCCUCCGAGGCCGACGGGCGCGGGAACGCCCCGAACGUAUCCCCCACCAGCACAGACACGGAAGCCCCACGCCCAGCGGAGGAGCGGGAGCCGAAGGCAGGACCGGACAGUCCACGCAGGAAGAGGUUCCUGACUCUGAGAUUCAGGAUGGGCUCGGGGAAGGGCCCGACUCUGGAGGGGCGGCCCAGCGGAGGGGGCCCGGGGGGAGCGCUCCAGAUCGGGGGCGUAGAGGAGGCCGGGGCCACGGAGGACAGACAACAGGCCGCCGAGGCCACUGUGCUCAGCAGGAGAGAGGACUGGAAGGCAGAGGGACCGGAGGGGACACCUGCUCUGACGGCAGCGCUGCCCAUAGAGCCUGGUGCCCCCGCCCUGGGAGCCCUGCGGGGAGGGGCCAGCAUGGUGUCCGGGGGCCGAAAAGAAACAAAAGAGGCAAAGGAGCGGGAGGCCGCGGUGGCCGAGAGGAGGCCUGGGGCGAGCUCACCGGCACACGGGCUGGACGGCCGGAGACAGGGGGCCCGGGGCCCAGAAGUGGGGAUGGCUGGGUCCGCUGGGCCGGGCGAAGGAGACGCACGGGGCCUCCACGCAGAUAUCCACAUCCAAAUCCCCAACUUACAAACACCCAGGUUUACAGUUUCCAAAGAAAAAAAACACGACCCAGAAGGAGGCCUAGCGCCGGGGCCGGAAGACAGGCGGAGAAGGACCCCGGGAAUCCCGGAACAGGGAGCUGAGCCGGCAGCUCCCAGGAAGCCCUCCGGGCACCAGCCACAAGGCGAAGUAGGAAGAGCAGAGGGAGCGGAGGCAGGUCACAGGAUCGGACACGUGAAGGAUGGGGACAAUGACAAAGGAAGGAGGGACAGCAGGAGGACGGUGCUCAAGUUCAACGUGAGCUCCUUCGCCUGGUCGCCCAGAAAGGAAGUGAGAGCCGCCUCGGAACCCCCGUCGGAGGAGCUGGACCAGGAGAAAGGAGGCACCUUAAGAGAGUGGACCCUGCAGACAGAGGAAAAAGACACACUGAGAGAUAAACAAGAAGAAAAAAUACCCACCGAGGAGGGACAGCCAUCUGCAAGAGAGACACAAAGACAGAAGAAAGGGGAGGUGACCCCGGGAGACAAGGAGGUGGCCGCCCGAGACAGCAAGUUCAAGAUGCCCAAGUUCAAGAUGCCGUCCUUCGGCGCGUCGGCGCCGAGCAAGUCCCUGGAGGCCUCCGUGGACGCGUCCCUGCCCAAGGUGCAGGCUGAGGUGUCCGUGCCCUCCGUACAGGCCGACGUCAAGGCCGGUGAGGUGACCGUUGAGCUGCCAUCCGCCGACCUGGAGGUCAAGACUGCCUCGUUGGGCCUGAAGCUCCCUGAGGGCCACGUGCCCGAGGGGGAGCUCCAGGAACACUCGGCCGGAGCCGGACUCAAAGGGCACCUGCCCAAGGUGCAGAUGCCCAGCAUCAAUAUGCCCAAGGUGGACUUCAAGGCCCCGCAGGUGGACAUCAAGGCGCCGAAGAUGGACCUGAAGGCCACCAAAGGGGAGGUGAGCGUCCCCGAAGUGGAGGUGUCCCUGCCCAGCGUGGAGGUGGACACCCAGGCGCCCGGCGCCAGGCUGGACGCUGACCUGUCCCUGGGAGACAAGGAGGUGGCCGCCCGAGACAGCAAGUUCAAGAUGCCCAAGUUCAAGAUGCCGUCCUUCGGCGUGUCGGCGCCGAGCAAGGAUUUGGGAACCUCCAUGGACGUGACCGUGCCCAAGGUCGGAGGCGAGGCCACACUGCCGUCCCUGGGAGUGGAGGCGCGAGCCCCAGAGGGUGCCGUCCAGCUGCCCGCUGCUGACAUCCAGCUCCCUGGCGGAGAGCUGGAGGUGUCCGGCCCCGAGGCAGAGGUGGCUGUGUCCGGGCUGAAGGGCAAAGCAGAAGGGGUCAAGAUCAAGGGCCAGCUGCCCACAGUGCAGAUGCCCAGCCUCAAGAUGCCCAAGGUGGACAUGAAGGCCCCGCAGGUGGACGUCAAGGCCCCGCAGGUGGACAUCAAGGGGCCGAAGCUGGACCUAAAGGACGCCAAAGGGGAGGUGAGCGCCCCCGAUGUGGAGGUGUCCCUGCCCAGCGUGGAGGUGGACGCCCAGGCGCCCGGCGCCAGGCUGGACGCUGACCUGUCCCUGGGAGACAAGGAGGUGGCCGCCCGAGACAGCAAGUUCAAGAUGCCCAAGUUCAAGAUGCCGUCCUUCGGCGCGUCGGCGCCGAGCAAGUCCUUGGAGGCCUCCGUGGACGCGUCCCUGCCCAAGGUGCAGGCUGAGGUGUCCGUGCCCUCCGUACAGGCCGACGUCAAGGCCGGUGAGGUAAACGUUGAGCUGCCAUCCGCCGACCUGGAGGUCAAGACUGCCUCGUUGGGCCUGAAGCUCCCUGAGGGCCACGUGCCCGAGGGGGAGCUCCAGGAACCCUCGGCCGGAGCCGGACUCAAAGGGCACCUGCCCAAGGUGCAGAUGCCCAGCAUCAAAAUGCCCAAGGUGGACUUCAAGGCCCCGCAGGUGGACAUCAAGGGGCCGAAGCUGGACCUGAAGGCCGCCAAAGGGGAGGUGAGCGCCCCCGAUGUGGAGGUGUCCCUCCCCAGCGUGGAGGUGGACGCCCAGGCGCCCGGCGCCAGGCUGGACGCUGACCUUUCCCUGGGAGACAAGGAGGUGGCCGCCCGAGACAGCAAGUUCAAGAUGCCCAAGUUCAAGAUGCCGUCCUUCGGCGCGUCGGCGCCGAGCAAGUCCUUGGAGGCCUCCGUGGACGCGUCCCUGCCCAAGGUGCAGGCUGAGGUGUCCGUGCCCUCCGUACAGGCCGACGUCAAGGCCGGUGAGGUGACCGUUGAGCUGCCAUCCGCCGACCUGGAGGUCAAGACUGCCUCAUUGGGCCUGAAGCUCCCUGAGGGCCACGUGCCCGAGGGGGAGCUCCAGGAACCCUCGGCCGGAGCCGGACUCAAAGGGCACCUGCCCAAGGUGCAGAUGCCCAGCAUCAAAAUGCCCAAGGUGGACUUCAAGGCCCCGCAGGUGGACAUCAAGGGGCCGAAGCUGAACCUAAAGGACGCCAAAGGGGAGGUGAGCGCCCCCGAUGUGGAGGUGUCCCUGCCCAGCGUGGAGGUGGACGCCCAGGCGCCCGGCGCCAGGCUGGACGCUGACCUGUCCCUGGGAGACAAGGAGGUGGCUGCCCGAGACAGCAAGUUCAAGAUGCCCAAGUUCAAGAUGCCGUCCUUCGGCACGUCAGCGCCGAGCAAGUCCUUGGAGGCCUCCGUGGACGCGUCCCUGCCCAAGGUGCAGGCUGAGGUGUCCGUGCCCUCCGUACAGGCCGACGUCAAGGCCGGUGAGGUGACCGUUGAGCUGCCAUCCGCCGACCUGGAGGUCAAGACUGCCUCGUUGGGCCUGAAGCUCCCUGAGGGCCACGUGCCCGAGGGGGAGCUCCAGGAACACUCGGCCGGAGCCGGACUGAAAGGGCACCUGCCCAAGGUGCAGAUGCCCAGCAUCAAAAUGCCCAAGGUGUACUUCAAGGCCCCGCAGGUGGACAUCAAGGCGCCGAAGCUGGACCUGAAGGCCGCCAAAGGGGAGGUGAGCGCCGCCGAUGUGGAGGUGUCCCUGCCCAGCGUGGAGGUGGACAACCAGGCGCCCGGCGCCAGGCUGGACGCUGACCUGUCCCUGGGAGACAAGGAGGUGGCAGCCCGAGACAGCAAGUUCAAGAUGCCCAAGUUCAAGAUGCCGUCCUUCGGCGUGUCGGCGCCGAGCAAGGAUUUGGGAACCUCCGUGGAUGUGACCGUGCCCAAGGUCGGAGGCGAGGCCACACUGCCGUCCCUGGGAGGGGAGGCGCGAGCCCCAGAGGGUGCCGUCCAGCUGCCCGCUGCUGACAUCCAGCUCCCUGGCGGAGAGCUGGAGGUGUCCGGCCCCGAGGCAGAGGUGGCUGUGUCCGGGCUGAAGGGCAAAGCAGAAGGGGUCAAGAUCAAGGGCCAGCUGCCCACAGUGCAGAUGCCCAGCCUCAAGAUGCCCAAGGUGGACAUCAAGGCCCCGCUGGUGGACGUCAAGGCCCCGCAGGUGGACAUCAAGGAGCCGAAACUGGACCUGAAGGCCGCCAAAGGGGAGGUGAGCGCCCCCGAUGUGAAGGUGUCCCUGCCCAGCGUGGAGGUGGACGCCCAGGCGCCCGGCGCCAGGCUGGACGCUGACCUGUCCCUGGGAGACAAGGAGGUGGCCGCCCGAGACAGCAAGUUCAAGAUGCCCAAGUUCAAGAUGCCGUCCUUCGGCGCGUCGGCGCCGAGCAAGUCCUUGGAGGCCUCCGUGGACGCGUCCCUGCCCAAGGUGCAGGCUGAGGUGUCCGUGCCCUCCGUACAGGCCGACGUCAAGGCCGGUGAGGUGACCGUUGAGCUGCAAUCCGCCGACCUGGAGGUCAAGACUGCCUCGCUGGGCCUGAAGCUCCCUGAGGGCCACGUGCCCGAGGGGGAGCUCCAGGAACCCUCGGCCGGAGCCGGACUCAAAGGGCACCUGCCCAAGGUGCAGAUGCCCAGCAUCAAAAUGCCCAAGGUGGACUUCAAGGCCCCGCAGGUGGACAUCAAGGGGCCGAAGCUCGACCUGAAGGCCGCCAAAGGGGAGGUGAGCGCCCCCGAUGUGGAGGUGUCCCUGCCCAGCGUGGAGGUGGACGCCCAGGCGCCCGGCGCCAGGCUGGACGCUGACCUGUCCCUGGGAGACAAGGACGUGGCCGCCCGAGACAGCAAGUUCAAGAUGCCCAAGUUCAAGAUGCCGUCCUUCGGCGUGUCGGCGCCGAGCAAGGAUUUGGGAACCUCCGUGGACGUGACCGUGCCCAAGGUCGGAGGCGAGGCCACACUGCCGUCCCUGGGAGGGGAGGCGCGAGCCCCAGAGGGUGCCGUCCAGCUGCCCGCUGCUGACAUCCAGCUCCCUGGCGGAGAGCUGGAGGUGUCCGGCCCCGAGGCAGAGGUGGCUGUGUCCGGGCUGAAGGGCAAAGCAGAAGGGGUCAAGAUCAAGGGCCAGCUGCCCACAGUGCAGAUGCCCAGCCUCAAGAUGCCCAAGGUGGACAUCAAGGCCCCGCAGGUGGACGUCAAGGCCCCGCAGGUGGACAUCAAGGGGCCGAAACUGGACCUGAAGGCCGCCAAAGGGGAGGUGAGCGCCCCCGAUGUGAAGGUGUCCCUGCCCAGCGUGGAGGUGGACGCCCAGGCGCCCGGCGCCAGGCUGGACGCUGACCUGUCCCUGGGAGACAAGGAGGUGGCCGCCCGAGACAGCAAGUUCAAGAUGCCCAAGUUCAAGAUGCCGUCCUUCGGCGCGUCGGCGCCGAGCAAGUCCUUGGAGGCCUCCGUGGACGCGUCCCUUCCCAAGGUGCAGGCUGAGGUGUCCGUGCCCUCCGUACAGGCCGACGUCAAGGCCGGUGAGGUGACCGUUGAGCUGCCAUCCGCCGACCUGGAGGUCAAGACUGCCUCGUUGGGCCUGAAGCUCCCUGAGGGACACGUGCCCGAGGGGGAGCUCCAGGAACCCUCGGCCGGAGCCGGACUCAAAGGGCACCUGCCCAAGGUGCAGAUGCCCAGCAUCAAAAUGCCCAAGGUGGACUUCAAGGCCCCGCAGGUGGACAUCAAGGGGCCGAAGCUGGACCUGAAGGCCGCCAAAGGGGAGGUGAGCGCCCCCGAUGUGGAGGUGUCCCUGCCCAGCGUGGAGGUGGACGCCCAGGCGCCCGGCGCCAGGCUGGACGCUGACCUGUCCCUGGGAGACAAGGAGGUGGCCGCCCGAGACAGCAAGUUCAAGAUGCCCAAGUUCAAGAUGCCGUCCUUCGGCGUGUCGGCGCCGAGCAAGGAUUUGGGAACCUCCUUGGAUGUGACCGUGCCCAAGGUCGGAGGCGAGGCCACACUGCCGUCCCUGGGAGGGGAGGCGCGAGCCCCAGAGGGUGCCGUCCAGCUGCCCGCUGCUGACAUCCAGCUCCCUGGCGGAGAGCUGGAGGUGUCCGGCCCCGAGGCAGAGGUGGCUGUGUCCGGGCUGAAGGGCAAAGCAGAAGGGGUCAAGAUCAAGGGCCAGCUGCCCACAGUGCAGAUGCCCAGCCUCAAGAUGCCCAAGGUGGACAUCAAGGCCCCGCAGGUGGACGUCAAGGAGCCGCAGGUGGACAUCAAGGGGCCGAAACUGGACCUGAAGGCCGCCAAAGGGGAGGUGAGCGCCCCCGAUGUGAAGGUGUCCCUGCCCAGCGUGGAGGUGGACGCCCAGGCGCCCGGCGCCAGGCUGGACGCUGACCUGUCCCUGGGAGACAAGGAGGUGGCCGCCCGAGACAGCAAGUUCAAGAUGCCCAAGUUCAAGAUGCCGUCCUUCGGCGCGUCGGCGCCGAGCAAGUCCUUGGAGGCCUCCGUGGACGCGUCCCUGCCCAAGGUGCAGGCUGAGGUGUCCGUGCCCUCCGUACAGGCCGACGUCAAGGCCGGUGAGGUGACCGUUGAGCUGCCAUCCGCCGACCUGGAGGUCAAGACUGCCUCGUUGGGCCUGAAGCUCCCUGAGGGCCACGUGCCCGAGGGGGAGCUCCAGGAACCCUCGGCCGGAGCCGGACUCAAAGGGCACCUGCCCAAGGUGCAGAUGCCCAGCAUCAAAGUGCCCAAGGUGGACUUCAAGGCCCCGCAGGUGGACAUCAAGGGGCCGAAGCUGGACCUGAAGGCCGCCAAAGGGGAGGUGAGCGCCCCCGAUGUGGAGGUGUCCCUGCCCAGCGUGGAGGUGGACGCCCAGGCGCCCGGCGCCAGGCUGGACGCUGACCUGUCCCUGGGAGACAAGGAGGUGGCCGCCCGAGACAGCAAGUUCAAGAUGCCCAAGUUCAAGAUGCCGUCCUUCGGCAUGUCGGCGCCGAGCAAGGAUUUGGGAACCUCCGUGGACGUGACCGUGCCCAAGUUCGGAGGCGAGGCCACACUGCCGUCCCUGGGAGGGGAGGCGCGAGCCCCAGAGGGUGCCGUCCAGCUGCCCGCUGCUGACAUCCAGCUCCCUGGCGGAGAGCUGGAGGUGUCCGGCCCCGAGGCAGAGGUGGCUGUGUCCGGGCUGAAGGGCAAAGCAGAUGGGGUCAAGAUCAAGGGCCAGCUGCCCACAGUGCAGAUGCCCAGCCUCAAGAUGCCCAAGGUGGACAUCAAGGCCCCGCAGGUGGACGUCAAGGAGCCGCAGGUGGACAUCAAGGGGCCGAAACUGGACCUGAAGGCCGCCAAAGGGGAGGUGAGCGCCCCCGAUGUGAAGGUGUCCCUGCCCAGCGUGGAGGUGGACGCCCAGGCGCCCGGCGCCAGGCUGGACGCUGACCUGUCCCUGGGAGACAAGGAGGUGGCCGCCCGAGACAGCAAGUUCAAGAUGCCCAAGUUCAAGAUGCCGUCCUUCGGCGCGUCGGCCCCGAGCAAGUCCCUGGAGGCCUCCGUGGACGCGUCCCUGCCCAAGGUGCAGGCUGAGGUGUCCGUGCCCUCCGUACAGGCCGACGUCAAGGCCGGUGAGGUGACCGUUGAGCUGCCAUCCGCCGACCUGGAGGUCAAGACUGCCUCGCUGGGCCUGAAGCUCCCUGAGGGCCACGUGCCCGAGCGGGAGCUUCAGGAACCCUCGGCCGAAGCCGGACUCAAAGGGCACCUGCCAAAGGUGCAGAUGCCCAGCAUCAAAAUGCCCAAGGUGGACUUCAAGGCCCCGCAGGUGGACAUCAAGGGGCCGAAGCUUGACCUAAAGGACGCCAAAGGGGAGGUGAGCGCCCCCGAUGUGGAGGUGUCCCUGCCCAGCGUGGAGGUGGACGCCCAGGCGCCCGGCGCCAGGCUGGACGCUGACCUGUCCCUGGGAGACAAGGAGGUGGCCGCCCGAGACAGCAAGUUCAAGAUGCCCAAGUUCAAGAUGCCGUCCUUCGGCGCGUCGGCGCCGAGCAAUUCCUUGGAGGCCUCCGUGGACACGUCCAUGCCCAAGGUGCAGGCUGAGGUGUCCGUGCCCUCCGUACAGGCCGACGUCAAGGCCGGUGAGGUGACCGUUGAGCUGCCAUCCGCCGACCUGGAGGUCAAGACUGCCUCGCUGGGCCUGAAGCUCCCUGAGGGCCACGUGCCCGAGGGGGAGCUCCAGGAACCCUCGGCCGGAGCCGGACUCAAAGGGCACCUGCCCAAGGUGCAGAUGCCCAGCAUCAAAAUGCCCAAGGUGGACUUCAAGGCCCCGCAGGUGGACAUCAAGGGGCCGAAGCUGGACCUGAAGGCCGCCAAAGGGGAGGUGAGCGCCCCCGAUGUGGAGGUGUCCCUGCCCAGCGUGGAGGUGGACGCCCAGGCGCCCGGCGCCAGGCUGGACGCUGACCUGUCCCUGGGAGACAAGGAGGUGGCCGCCCGAGACAGCAAGUUCAAGAUGCCCAAGUUCAAGAUGCCGUCCUUCGGCAUGUCGGCGCCGAGCAAGGAUUUGGGAACCUCCGUGGACGUGACCGUGCCCAAGUUCGGAGGCGAGGCCACACUGCCGUCCCUGGGAGGGGAGGCGCGAGCCCCAGAGGGUGCCGUCCAGCUGCCCGCUGCUGACAUCCAGCUCCCUGGCGGAGAGCUGGAGGUGUCCGGCCCCGAGGCAGAGGUGGCUGUGUCCGGGCUGAAGGGCAAAGCAGAAGGGGUCAAGAUCAAGGGCCAGCUGCCCACAGUGCAGAUGCCCAGCCUCAAGAUGCCCAAGGUGGACAUCAAGGCCCCGCAGGUGGACGUCAAGGCGCCGCAGGUGGACAUCAAGGGGCCGAAACUGGACCUGAAGGCCGCCAAAGGGGAGGUGAGCGCCCCCGAUGUGAAGGUGUCCCUGCCCAGCGUGGAGGUGGACGCCCAGGCGCCCGGCGCCAGGCUGGACGCUGACCUGUCCCUGGGAGACAAGGAGGUGGCCGCCCGAGACAGCAAGUUCAAGAUGCCCAAGUUCAAGAUGCCGUCCUUCGGCGCGUCGGCGCCGAGCAAGUCCUUGGAGGCCUCCGUGGACACGUCCCUGCCCAAGGUGCAGGCUGAGGUGUCCGUGCCCUCCGUACAGGCCGACGUCAAGGCCGGUGAGGUGACCGUUGAGCUGCCAUCCGCCGACCUGGAGGUCAAGACUGCCUCGUUGGGCCUGAAGCUCCCUGAGGGCCACGUGCCCGAGGGGGAGCUCCAGGAACCCUCGGCCGGAGCCGGACUCAAAGGGCACCUGCCCAAGGUGCAGAUGCCCAGCAUCAAAAUGCCCAAGGUGGACUUCAAGGCCCCGCAGGUGGACAUCAAGGGGCCGAAGCUGGACCUGAAGGCCGCCAAAGGGGAGGUGAGCGCCCCCGAUGUGGAGGUGUCCCUGCCCAGCGUGGAGGUGGACGCCCAGGCGCCCGGCGCCAGGCUGGACGCUGACCUGUCCCUGGGAGACAAGGACGUGGCCGCCCGAGACAGCAAGUUCAAGAUGCCCAAGUUCAAGAUGCCGUCCUUCGGCGUGUCGGCGCCGAGCAAGGAUUUGGGAACCUCCGUGGACGUGACCGUGCCCAAGGUCGGAGGCGAGGCCACACUGCCGUCCCUGGGAGGGGAGGCGCGAGCCCCAGAGGGUGCCGUCCAGCUGCCCGCUGCUGACAUCCAGCUCCCUGGCGGAGAGCUGGAGGUGUCCGGCCCCGAGGCAGAGGUGGCUGUGUCCGGGCUGAAGGGCAAAGCAGAAGGGGUCAAGAUCAAGGGCCAGCUGCCCACAGUGCAGAUGCCCAGCCUCAAGAUGCCCAAGGUGGACAUCAAGGCCCCGCAGGUGGACGUCAAGGCCCCGCAGGUGGACAUCAAGGGGCCGAAACUGGACCUGAAGGCCGCCAAAGGGGAGGUGAGCGCCCCCGAUGUGAAGGUGUCCCUGCCCAGCGUGGAGGUGGACGCCCAGGCGCCCGGCGCCAGGCUGGACGCUGACCUGUCCCUGGGAGACAAGGAGGAGGCCGCCCGAGACAGCAAGUUCAAGAUGCCCAAGUUCAAGAUGCCGUCCUUCGGCGCGUCGGCGCCGAGCAAGUCCUUGGAGGCCUCCGUGGACGCGUCCCUGCCCAAGGUGCAGGCUGAGGUGUCCGUGCCCUCCGUACAGGCCGACGUCAAGGCCGGUGAGGUGACCGUUGAGCUGCCAUCCGCCGACUUGGAGGUCAAGACUGCCUCGUUGGGCCUGAAGCUCCCUGAGCGCCACGUGCCCGAGGGGGAGCUCCAGGAACCCUCGGCCGGAGCCGGACUCAAAGGGCACCUGCCCAAGGUGCAGAUGCCCAGCAUCAAAAUGCCCAAGGUGGACUUCAAGGCCCCGCAGGUGGACAUCAAGGGGCCGAAGCUGGACCUGAAGGCCGCCAAAGGGGAGGUGAGCACCCCCGAUGUGGAGGUGUCCCUGCCCAGCGUGGAGGUGGACGCCCAGGCGCCCGGCGCCAGGCUGGACGCUGACCUGUCCCUGGGAGACAAGGAGGUGGCCGCCCGAGACAGCAAGUUCAAGAUGCCCAAGUUCAAGAUGCCGUCCUUCGGCGUGUCGGCGCCGAGCAAGGAUUUGGGAACCUCCGUGGACGUGACCGUGCCCAAGGUCGGAGGCGAGGCCACACUGCCGUCCCUGGGAGGGGAGGCGCGAGCCCCAGAGGGUGCCGUCCAGCUCCCCGCUGUUGACAUCCAGCUCCCUGGGGGAGAGCUGGAGGUGUCCGUCCCCGAGGCAGAGGUGGCUGUGUCCGGGCUGAAGGGCAAAGCAGAAGAGGUCAAGAUCAAGGGCCAGCUGCCCACAGUGCAGAUGCCCAGCCUCAAGAUGCCCAUGGUGGACAUCAAGGCCCCGCAGGUCGACGUCAGGGCCCCGCCGGUGGACAUCAAGGGGCCGAAACUGGACCUGAAGACCGCCAAAGGGGAGGUGAGCGCCCCCGAUGUGGAGGUGUCCCUCCCCAGCGUGGAGGUGGACGCCCAGGCGCCCGGCGCCAGGCUGGACGCUGACCUUUCCCUGGGAGACAAGGAGGUGGCCGCCCGAGACAGCAAGUUCAAGAUGCCCAAGAUCAAGAUUCCCUUCUUCACUGCAUCGUUGCGGAGGAAGUCCUCGGAAGCCGCUGUGGACAGGUCCCUGCCUAUACUCAGGGCUGAACCGUCCCCGCUCCUCCUAGAGGACGAGCCAAGUUUUGUGUCCUGUGCUCUCCACGUGCACACUGUGGAUACUGGCCAUCCUGCUGGAGAAAUGGAGCUGUUCCUCCCGGAAGCGGAGUUCGCUGCGUCCACCACGUCUCUAAAAGCCGAAGCAGUGACCACCAUGGGCCCACCUCUUCAGACGAGAAUGCACUCCGUCAUGAUUCCUGUUGUGGACGUCAAGGCCCCGCAGGUGGACAUCAAGUCCCCGCAGCUGGACAUCAAGGGCUCCAAAGAGGUCAUGAGUGCCCCUGAGAGUGACGUAUCUGUGUCUGGUUUGGACGUGGAUGCCCAGGUCUACGGCUUACAGUUGGCCGAAGGUAUUAUCUCUGGAGAUGGGAAAGAUUUUUCCGCAGGGAAGACAUUCAAGAUUUCUAAAAUCAGCAUUUCCCCCUCCGUCCCCUCCCCCAGCAAGCCUUCCGGGGGACGUGAAGAUACCGGUCUCUCCUCCUCCUCCGGCCUCAGACUUCCAGUGGUCUCUUGCAGUGAUCAGCAUCUCCAUUCAGAUGGUGAUGUGCUUUUGUCAGUUGGAAAAGGUGGAGAAAGAAGCAAAAGCAAAAAAUCCUAUUUUAAAUUGCCCAAAGUCUUCUCUCCUCCAGGGAAAACAUCUAAAGGCUUUGCAGCGUCUGCAGAGGAACACGAAGUCACUUCAACUGUGAGUGUCUCUGCCCAGGGGCCGCCUGUGGCUUCCGUGGAGGCUUCCCUGCCGAUGUCCAUGCUGGGUCGGCUCAGGGGUCCCCCUGUGGAACCCUCCAGCCUCGGCCCCUAUGAGGACGUCACUCUUACAAAAUUCCAGGUGACUGUCCCCAGAGGCCCUGUGCCCCCUGAGCUGCCUUGUGAAGCCCCGUCUGGGUCCCAGAUCGAUCCUCAGCUUCCGAGCCCAGCAGGGGCGGGCGACCCCAGCUCCACUGAACACGUUCUACUGUCCCAUCCUGACGGGUCCCCGGGGCCCAUGGACACUGUACUUCCUGACUCUUACGGCCGGGUGACUUUUCCUAAAUUUCAUCGACCCAAAUUCUGCCUGUCGCUCUCAACCUCAGGGUCCGGAGUGGCGGCGCCCGGAGACCACGAGUGCGCGUCCCCUACGUCUGCCCAGCUCGCUGCGCAGAGGCUGGACUCCUCCACGGAGGAAGCCGUGGCCCGCCCAGUGCCAGGCCCCCCGGGGCCACAUGUGGGGAUCUCUGUGUCUGAGGGGGCAGAGGGACGCACAGGCACGGCAGGGACGGCAGCUCCAGGCAGACGUGCCGCACGCAAGGGGCAAGGCAGUCCGGGGAGCGCACCGAGGCUCCGGCUUCCCUCGCUCAGCUGGUCCCCGAGGAAGGGGGCAGAGACCAAAGCAGACCCUGGCCACAGCCCGAGGGAUGCCGGCGCCCUGGCCGGCCGGCCGGGGGGUCGCGUUCCAGCUGCAGAGGCUGCUUCAGACGUGACCCUCGGGAAGGAGGGAGAGGCGGGAGCGGUCAGCGCGGCUGCCCUUGCCCUGCUGAAGGUUGCGCCUCCCGGAAUGAAGGCUUCCCCAGGAGGGCCUGGCCUGCCUCAGGGAGGCCCGGGUCUGGCCCGCAGUGAGGGUGGUGUUGGGGGUGUUGGCGCAGCCAUGGGCCUGCCUGAAGGGGCCGCUGUGAGCCUCCGCCUCUCGGAGACCCCCAUUCCCAGCUUGGACUUUGUCCAGCCUGACCUCAGCGCCGGCGAAGCUGCGGCACAGGGGGGCCUGGCCGCAGGCCCCCUCCCUCUUUCCAAACAUGGCCUGUCUCCCCGAGACAGCGCCCGAGGCCUUGGGCUUGGGACCGGCUCAGCAAGCCUGCUGUGUGGGGAGGGGACGGCCCCCUUGGCAGAGGAGCCCCUCCCGCCGUCCCUGAUGGUGGGGCGCUCAGAGCAGGGAGCAGCGCCGGGGGGCCCCAGGGAGAGCUGGUUUAGGAUGCCCUCACUCAGCCUGCCCAGCCUCCGACGCGCCCCCAAGGAGUGGGCGGAGUCUGCAGGUGCGCCAGGGGAGGGCGAGGCAGUGGUCCCUGCACCUGCCACAGAGGUGGGCACGGCUAAGUCCCCGCAGCCCCGGGAGCCUGGUGCGGACGGGACAGCCGCGGGCAGCCCGGCUUCUUCCUACGCAGAUGUCCUGCGGGGGAACCUUGACCCUCGCAUGCCCGCAGGGCCGUCUGCUCCCGAGGUCAGGGUCCGGCCGGGCGCAGGCUCCCUGCCCCUCCAGCUGCACGGACCACCUCCAGCAGAAGCAGGAGAGGCCCCUCUUCCUGCACCAGGGGGUCUGGGCCUGGUCGGGGGGCCCGAGGGGGACGAGGGGCCGCCUUCCCAGCCCGAGGGCCCUCUCAGACUGCAGGCUUGCAGCACGCACUUGCCCUCGCAGGUUUCCGUGGUCAGUGUGGGUCGGGUCUGGGAAGACUCCGUGCUGCGCGUCCAGAUCCCCAAGUUAAAGGUCCCGAGGUUCAGCUUCCCGGCCCCCAGCUCGGAGGCCGUUGUUUUCGUGCCCAGUGUGAGAGAGCUGUCCUGCCCGCAGAGAGCUCCCGACGCGGCUCUGCUCACAUGCAGUGCUGGAGGGCGGGGCACCCGCACCCCGGAGGCCCCCCCGGCCCUCAGCCCCCCCUCAGAAAGUGCCCCCGUUCGUAAGGUCAGGGUGCACAUCCAGGGCGUGGAGGCAGCCAGCCGCCAGGUAGCCGUGCACAGCAUGGUGACCACUGUGUGCACUGAGCUCUCGGGGCCCGAGAUCUCUCCUACCCAGAUCGUGCGGGAGUCAGAGGUCCCCGUGUCAGAGACCCAAACGCUUUCUUACGGGUUUUCCUUGCUAAAGGGGAGGGUCCCAGAGCCCCCGACACGGGCACGGGUGCACGUGGCGCCUGCAGACCGUGGGCCAGCGGGACACCGAGAGGCUCAGGAACUGGUGGUCCCAGGACCAGACCCCACUUCUGGAGACCUCCAGCCUGACACAGGGGAGCCUUUCGAAAUCAUCUGUCCCAGCGUAGACGAGCCGGGACCAGCAGCGGGCCCGUCCAACUUGCGCUCCGGCCGCGGGCGCACAGACAGCUGCUCCGACGACGAGCCAGCAGAGAUACUCGAGCUCCUGCCGGAAGAGGACCAGGAGACAGAGGAGGCCGGGGCCCGGGCAGCAGACGACCAGGCUCCCAAAGCAAGACCGGAAGGCAAAAGGUCCUCUGGUCUGUUCAGGUUUUGGCUCCCGAGCAUCGGCUUUUCCUCCUCGGUCUCCGAGACCAGUGCCGAUUCCCCAGCCGGUGCCCAGAGACCGGCUCCUGUGCAGACCCAGCCCGAGGCGCGGCCACCUCCCUCGCAGGAGAAGGGGGGCUGGUUCCGAUUUCCCAAGCUGGGCUUCUCCUCCUCCCCUACCAAGAAAAGCAAAAGUGCAGAAGAGGAGGCCAGCCCAGCCGAGGAAAACCUCCAGGACGAGGCAGGCACCUUCUACGAUGCGCGAGAAAGCCUCUCCCCGGAAGAGCCAGGAGCCGGGGAGCCGGCAGAGGCGGUGGGCGCUGGCGCGGCUCCAGUUCCACGGUGACCUCCGCGGCAAGAACCGAGCGGGUCCUGCUGGAGCGGGACGCAGCCGCCAUCCGGCAGUCCGCACCCGGGCCCGCCACGGCUUGAGGACUGGGAAGGGGAGACUGUUCCACGCGGGACAGACACCCACACCGAGCCCCAGAACCCCCUCCCACCCGACCGCGCGGGCACCCACCGCUCUCCUAGCGCUGAGGCGCACAACACACGGCCGGCCCCGACGCGCGGCCGAGCUGCAGAAGCGGGGAGGCAGCCCGACGGCCCAGGCGCCAGGCGCCGUCCAGGGUGGGGGUGCUGCGCCGGCGGCUGGGGUGAGGCCUCCCUGAGCCGCGCCUCCAGGGAGCCACAGGCAGUGCCCAGCGGGUCCCAGCCGCGAUCUCGGGGAAGGGGGUGGUUAACCACCGUGGGUGUAGAUGUAGUGUUUGCCGUGGCCCCUGUCUUCUCCUGCUGCUUCGGGCAACGUGGUUUCCCUCGACUCCAGGCAGUCGGGUGCGUUCCAGGAGCCCCCUGCCUGCUUCGCUGUAAGGAGCUCGUGUGUGGGACAUCCUCCCCCGGGCAAGCCUGGGUGCUUGGUGUAGAUGCGGCACACGCGGCUGGACGUGGCGGCCGAGGGGGGAGCCGGUGGAGGUCUGCAGUGUCCCGCCCGCACAGCCCCCACUGUACACGCUGCAGCCAGGACGCCAUUGGAACCCCCCCACCCCCGCAAAGGACAAUAAAGAGCAAGACCCACCCCA